AUCCAUGUGGUCGUUGUAUGUCGACUGAAUCACUGAACGUUUUUUUUCCUUUUCCUUUUUCUGGUUAAUCUCUGUAAGGAAUGGACACGGUAAACACAAGGACACUGGUGGAAUUACGCCGUUAAGAGCGCUGAACUUGACGGAUUUGUUUAUAAAGAAAGAUCAAGGUUAUACGAUGAAGACUACUGAGGACGCGGUUUAAUUUCCUGACUGGUGUAUUGGAAAUGUAUAACGGGGAUAUUAGAACAUUGAACACUUAAGCUCCUGUCAAGGUGGUUCGCCGAAGGUCUGGAAAAAAAUGCGCCGAGAAACGCGCCUUCUCUGUGAGGAAAUCUUCGUGGAUAACAUUCACAAGACGUCGGUCAGUUUCACAGAUGGCACAUUUCAACCACGGCGAGUCUUCUUCACUGACACCUCGUGACACGCAAGGGGCUGAAGCCAGGAAUGAUGGGAGCUGUAGUCUGCUUGAUGGUCUUAUGGGCUUUGCUGGGUUGGUCGCAGGCCGCAGAGAAGCCUCCAUCCCUGAGUGUAGCUGUGAUACUGGGCCAAACCCCCACUGUAUCCGAAUCAGCCCUGCGUCCGGCUCGUGGGAUAGGUGUGCCUCUGGAUGUGACUGUUCUCAGCGUCCAGGUGAACCAGACGGACCCAGGAAGCAUGCUUACGCACCUGUGUGAGCUCAUGUCCCGACAGAGGCUGCACGGGCUGGUCUAUGGAGACGGCACGGACCAGGAAGCCGUGGCACAGAUGCUGGACUUUGUUUCCUCUCAGACUUCCAUGCCCAUACUGGGAAUCCAUGGUGGCUCUGCCAUGACAAUGGCCGAAAAGGAUGCCAAUUCUUCAUUUUUCCAGUUUGGGGCCUCCCUCCAGCAGGAGGCGCUGUUGAUGCUUUCUAUAAUGGAGGAGUAUGACUGGCACGUCUUUUCGGUGGUCACCACCAAGUUCCCAGGUUUCCAGGAGUUCAUAGCCACCGUCCACGUCACAGUGGACCACAGCUUCAUUCGUUGGGACCUUCAGAGCGUAGUGACGCUGGACGGCGUCGGCGAACCUGAGGACCGAGCCCACGUGCAGCUUAAACGCAUCCAGUCACCUGUCAUCCUCCUCUACUGCUCCAAAGACGAAGCGGAGUUGGUUAUGGAGGAAGCCCGUUCGCUAGGGCUCACCGGGGCUGGCUUUGUGUGGAUUGUUCCUGGUCUGACGACAGGAAAUCUCGAACAAACCCCGGAAGCCUUUCCGACGGGGAUGAUAUCAGUGGCGUACGACGAAUGGGAUUAUCCCCUGGAGACGCGUGUGCAGGACGCUGUGGGAAUUAUCAGUUCUGCAGCCGCUGCCAUGUUCAAAGAGGAAGGUCGGAUACCUGACGGAACGGCUAGCUGCUACGGCCAAUCAGAGAAGCCGGAGGUGCCGGCAAGUGCUCUGCGCAGAUAUAUGAUGGGAGUCAAUCUAGGGGGUAGAGAUCAUUCGUUCAUGGACGAUGGCUACCAAGUCAAUCCCAAGCUGGUUGUCAUUGUUCUGAACACACAGAGGGAAUGGGAGAAGAUGGGACGAUGGGAAAACCACACGUUAAAGUUGAAGUUUCCAGUUUGGCCACGUUAUAACUCAUUUGGGGACAUGGACGCUGAUGAGAACCACUUGAGCAUUGUGACUCUAGAGGAAAGACCCUCUGUUAUAGUGGAUGAUGUGGACAUUCUUACUGGCACAUGCAUGCGCAACUCUGUACCUUGCAGGAAACACAUUAAAGAUAAUACCACGGAGGGCUCCUAUAUCAAGAAGUGCUGUAAGGGCUUUUGUAUAGACAUCCUGAAGAAGAUCGCCAGAAAUGUAAAGUUCACCUAUGAUCUUUACCUGGUCACAAAUGGCAAACAUGGCAAGAAGAUCAAUAAUGUGUGGAACGGCAUGGUGGGGGAGCGGUCAGAGGCCAUAGACUUCUCUGUCCCAUUUGUUGAGACAGGCAUCAGUGUGAUGGUGUCACGUAGCAAUGGAACGGUGUCGCCCUCUGCGUUUCUAGAACCCUUCAGUGCUUCAGUGUGGGUUAUGAUGUUCGUCAUGUUACUCCUCGUCACAGCAAUCGCUGUUUUCCUCUUUGAAUUCAUCAGUCCGCUCGGUUUCAAUAGAAACCUGGCACAGGGCAAAGACCCUCAUGGGCCCUCCUUCACUGUUGGUAAGGCUAUCUGGCUGCUGUGGGGUCUAGUGUUCAACAACUCUGUCCCAGUACAGAACCCCAGGGGCACUACCAGUAAAUUUAUAGUGUCCGUAUGGGCCUUUUUCGCUGUGAUUUUCCUGGCCAGCUACACUGCCAACUUGGCUGCCUUUAUGAUCCAAGAGGAGUUUGUGGACCAAGUAACAGGCCUUAGUGACAGAAAGUUUCAGAGUCCCUAUUCCUAUUCACCACCGUUUCGCUUCGGGACCGUGCCUAAUGGGAGCACAGAGCGAAACAUCAGGAAAAACUACCCAGACAUGCACCAGUACAUGGUGAAAUACCAUCAGACUGGAGUUCAGGAUGCACUGGUCAGCCUCAAGACGGGUAAACUGGAUGCUUUCAUAUAUGACGCGGCUGUGCUCAACUAUAUGGCGGGGCGUGAUGAUGGCUGUAAGCUAGUAACUAUUGGCAGUGGCUACAUCUUUGCCACAACAGGAUAUGGCAUUGCCCUGCAGAAAGGAUCCUACUGGAAACGGCUGGUUGACCUUGCUAUCCUCGGGAUCAUUGGAGAUGGUGAGAUGGAGGAGCUGGAGGCCCAGUGGCUGACUGGUAUCUGUCAUAAUGAGAAGAAUGAAGUGAUGAGCAGUCAGCUGGAUGUGGAUAAUAUGGCUGGUGUGUUCUAUAUGCUCGCGGCUGCCAUGGCUCUGUCGCUAAUUACUUUUGUCUGGGAGCACCUCUUCUACUGGAGGCUACGUUACUGUUUCACUGGUGUCUGUUCUGGUCAGCCAGGAAUUCUCUUCACUAUCAGCAGGGGGAUUUGGAGUUGUAUUCACGGUGUCCACAUUGAGAUGAAGAAAUCCCCAGAGUUGGGCUUCAGCCCUCAGGCCAACAUGUUACACCUUCUGAAAUCGGCUAAAGAGAUCACCACCCUCGGAGUUACCUCACCCAAACAGUCCGUAAGUAGCAUUCUCCAUCCUACCACGGGCUUGCUGGAGAUUAUGGAUGGAGCAAAAGGCAACAACCUCACCCAGAAAAAUGCUCCCUAUAGCAAUGCCAGCACCAUGCUCAGCAACCGUCACAAAGAGCCACUUAACAAUACUCUGUUGCCAGGGCAACGUGCCCUGAGCUUGACGGAUGCUCAGCCAGGUGUUGCUGGAAACGGUGGCUCAGGAGGCGGAGGUGAGACCGCUCGACCUCCAGCCUCCAAGCCACGUGCUCUGUGGAAGAAGUCUGUGGAGACUCUGCGGCAGAACCAAGGUCCUGGGGGUAAUUCCCCUCCAUCUACCCCGCAGCCCACCGAGACCCUACCUAUGAAGAGCCAGCGCUACCUGCCUGAAGAUGCACCUGCCCGCUCGGAUGUGUCAGAUUGCUCCGGUCGGGUGGACUUGCAAAAGCAGCACAAGUUAAAAGAAACGCUUCGGAAACGGACCCGCCUACCGCGGGAUCUGAGCGAUGUGGAGCUUUCAACUCUGCGAAGCCAGCCCAGCCAGCAGAGUAACCACAGCGCUCAGAUCUACUCUCAGAGCAGCCAGGGGAGUCAGAUUUAUACCAUUGACUCCAUUGAUCAGGAGCAUGGCCUGCACUACCCAGAUAUCUUCAGCGAUCACCGCGAUAACAAGCACCAGCUGUCCUCUUCCUCCGAGCAGCAGCCAAUCCUGCAGCUCAACAGCAGUCUGCUCUCACAGGUCCACGAACCGGACGUGAUGCAAACCGCCGUCUCAAAGGAUAAGAAAUACAACACGUACGGAAAGCCUGGCGGUGCAGGGACCAUCGCUGGCGGGCCUGGUUCUACUCAGGAUCCACGACAGACACACUGCCGUAGCUGCCUGUCGAAAGUGUCCAGUUACUCUGGGCUUUACACUGUACGGUCCCCUCAGUAUCGCUGCGAUGCCUGUCUGCACUCCGCAAACCUGUACGACAUCAGCGAGGAUCAGUUCCUCCAUCCAGAUGGACGGGGCACUGGCGGCGGAAGUGUUGACAGGGCCUUCUCUCCUUUUCUCCCUCAGCCUGAUGCUUCCUUCACAGCCUAUCUUCCCCAGAGUGACCAAGAGGGUGACGGUCUUAUUAGUCACUACCAGAACGAGGGCGUAAUCAUCCGCCAGCACUCGUACGAGAACCUGCCCCAGAAGAGUUCCUCACGGCGGGUCAGUCUGCAGGACAACACGCCAUAUGCCAACGUUCCCUCGGCGACUCUGAUCCCAGACAAGCCCCCAAAAAAUCAGUCUGUCCACCUAAACCACACGCUCGCGGGGGUGGGCGUCAGCGGACUCGGGAUCGGUCGUCGCAGCAAGUCGAUGUAUCCGGCACGCCCAACGGAAAACCCGUUUCUCCAGACACUCCGCGAUGACCAGCGUCUAGCUCACGGCCGCAGCUCCACAGACAUUUAUAAGCAGCUCGUGCCACUCACAUUAGGCCAAGCCGAUGGCAAUAUGCUCAGCGUGGGGAUGCCGACCCCUGACCUCUAUUACUCCGAGCAUGUCAUGCCUUAUGUAGCCCCUCCCCCUGUCGGCACAUACACCGCUCCCAGGGCAAUGAGCGCUGGGGGAGCUCGGCGUGUCUACAAGAGGAUGCCAAGCAUCGAGUCUGAUGUCUGAUGGAGAGAGUGCAACGUGGUAUGGAAGACUAUGAAAAGACAUGCAUGGAUAUUUCCACCAGGAUAUGGCUUAACCGUGGAACUCUUGGCGGGAUUGUAAAGCUUUUUGACUAUAAGGCAAGCAAGUCUGGAAUAUAUUUUGUUUCCCUUCUUGGACUUAUCUUUCUGAACAGAAGUCAGAGUUCAACUUUACAUCAGGUCCUCCCCUCUAGUCGAGCAGCAGCUCUGUGUCUUCCAGAAAACAUCAAAAAUGGUGGGCAGGACGCUCUCGCGCCUUCGAGCGAAGGAAGAGCAGCAAAAGCUGCUUGGAAGUACAGGGGCAGCUCCAAGGAGUUUCCUUUUUCACGCAACACGAACAACCAAAAAAUGUAGUAAAUAAAAACAUGAGUGAAUUCCCACAUUCUGCACUUUUACACAAACAAAAAUACAAAUGCACAUGCAAGAGGCACAAACAAUCUCAAACUACUGAAAGGACAGCGUUAGGUAUAAACUAGAAUCUCUCUUGACCAAAAAAAACUGAGUACCACAUACAAUGUAAUGGCAUAAAUGACAGGCGUGCACUUGCACGCAAUCACAUGCUCUAAAAUAAAUAAUCGCUUAGCAGAUCCAAACCUGAUUGAGUUUUUGGAAAGGCGGCAGAACAUCUGUUACACUGUUUGAAAGGCUUAUAAAUGCAUGUACGAAUGCAUUUCGAUGUAAAAGCUGCGUUGAAGCACGGUCCACAAAGCCUGCUCAGAAUUCAAAGAUUAGAUUUCCAUUCCAGCCUGAACUGUGACAAAAUGCACUACCUGUAUGAUUAGUCUCGGGUGUAAUCUCUGAAAUCAAGUACGUUAGAUAAUUUCAGAGAAGGAAAACUCGAUGCACACAAGGCCUGUGACUCGUUCGUGUCUCUGAGGACACCAAGUGGAAAAAGUCUUUGACCCUCCCCUCCCUUGAAUCCGUCCGUACCUUGCCUGCAUGCAGAGCGCAAACGCAGGAAGACACUCCUCUGCUCACAGCACAACAGUGUAGUAAGUGUCAUUGUUCAUUCAUCUAAAUUUGAUCAUCUUGAGCAUAUUUCUAUAGUUGUCUAGAAUAUAGAAAAAAGUGAUAGUCAAUUUUUACAGUUUUCUACACUGCCAAAUAUUUGAAAAGGGUGUGCCAAGUGUAUUUAUUGUGUUAUAGAGAGGAAGACUGCAGGAAAAGAAAUGCAGGGAAGUGACAGAAAAAGAGGUAUACCGUCUUUUUUGUGGGCGUAAGGGACUCCGAGAAGGUGUAGAAAAUGUAAAAGCCCACACCAACUAAUGAUGUCAAUACAGAACUACCGAGAUAUAAAAAGUUCCUGUUUGCCUCGAACACACAAACACAUCACUUCCUGUAGAAUCCAGCCACACACUCAUACUUCACAAAUAUUUUUGGUUGUUUUGAAUUAUAAUGGUCGUUCCAGCGAUAUGCACAAUAUCAGGUUGCAAUAUUAUAUUUAUGUAUGAAAUUUCCUAGUUUUAAUGUUUUAUUAUUAGUUCCUUUCAUUUUAUGAAUUGUUAUACGUGGAAUUAAUUUAUCAAUGUGAUUUAAUUGCGUAUAUAUAUUUAAAAGAAAAAAGAUAACAGCAUGUUAAUCUUCUCUAUGGUCAAACUUUUAGAAUUGUUCUUUUUGAUUUUGAUGUGAAUGGGAGUAUAUGUUUACAGUGAAUGUGAAAAUAUGGAUUCAUCUCAGAUGUGAUUUUGAUUCUCAUUUGAAUACAAACAUAAAACUGUCGUAUGACCAAA